CUCAGACAUGUUAGCCGUGUAUGGUUAUUGUAAUGCGGAGCCAGUGUUGUACGUGUUUGACUUGAUUGAAGAACAACGGAAGGCGUACUUAUGCAUUUAUUGCGCAGGCCCUCCAUUAUGCGAUAGAAGCGGUGCGUUCGCGCAUUCGUCCGUGGAACUAUUGUUACGCGCGUAUAUAUGCGCGGGAGUGGCAGAUGCGACGCGCAUUUUCGAGGCCAGUACCCGGGAAGAUAUCAUGGGAAGUUCGGACAAGGGGAAAGCGAAAGAGUCGAAGGUGACCAAAAAUGAUGUGCCAGUGCCGGCCCCGGUCGAACCGGUGGAGGUCAAAAGCGCCGCCUCCAAACUGGAGUUCGCGAAGCUAACAGCCAGGGUCGGAAGGUCGGGAUGCUGCCAGCCAUGCUUCAAGAUCAUCUUCGUGAUCCUUAGUAUCGUCACUCUGCUGAAAUCUCUGACUGAGAUAUUUGUGACGGUGUCAACGGCGAUCGCAACGCGCCUCUUCGGCAGCGAACAGUCAGGACGACUAGUGGGGAUGGUGAUCCUGGCACUGCUGGCUGCAGUCACCAUAUCCAUCCUCAUAUACGCCCUGGUGGCAGUCUUCAGGAACCAGUCAAAACCGUUGCAUGCG